AUUGCAGCAACAGCUUGGAGGAGGGAGCUGGACGUCUUCGCCAGCAAAAACAGCCAGAGCAGGGGAGGAAGGGGACCUGCGGGCUGUGGGAGUCGCUGGGUUGCAGCAAAGAGGGGCGGGGAGAAGGCGGGGGCGCUGCAUGCAGCGCGCUGGCUCCAGCGGUGCCCGCGGGGAAUGUGACAUCAGCGGCGCCCGGCGCUUGCGGCUAGAGGAGGCAGCUCGCCUCGGCUGCGCUGUGGACGCCUCGCCUGGGGGAGCUCGCAGACCCGGGCAGACGGCAGGGAUGUCGGCGAAGGAGAGGCCAAAGGGCAAAGUGAUCAAGGACAGCGUCACCCUCCUGCCCUGCUUUUAUUUCGUCGAGCUGCCUAUAUUGGCAUCGUCUGUAGUUAGCCUCUAUUUCCUUGAACUCACCGAUGUCUUCAAACCUGUCCACUCUGGAUUCAGCUGCUAUGACCGGAGUCUUAGCAUGCCGUACAUCGAGCCCACCCAGGAGGCCAUUCCAUUCCUCAUGCUGCUCAGCUUGGCUUUCGCUGGGCCAGCAAUCACGAUUAUGGUAGGAGAAGGAAUUCUCUACUGUUGUCUGUCCAAAAGAAGAAAUGGAGUUGGACUGGAGCCAAACAUUAAUGCUGGAGGCUGCAACUUCAACUCUUUCCUUCGAAGAGCUGUCAGAUUUGUUGGUGUUCACGUAUUUGGACUCUGCUCUACAGCUCUCAUUACAGACAUCAUACAACUGUCCACAGGAUAUCAGGCACCAUACUUUCUGACUGUGUGCAAACCAAACUAUACCUCUCUGAAUGUAUCUUGCAAAGAAAAUUCCUACAUUAUGGAAGAUAUUUGCUCAGGAUCUGACCUUACUGUUAUCAACAGCGGCAGAAAGUCAUUCCCUUCUCAACAUGCGACGCUCGCUGCCUUUGCAGCUGUGUAUGUUUCGAUGUACUUCAAUUCCACAUUAACGGAUUCCUCUAAGCUUCUGAAACCUCUCUUGGUCUUCACAUUUAUCAUCUGUGGAAUCAUCUGUGGGCUAACACGGAUAACUCAGUAUAAGAACCACCCCGUUGAUGUCUAUUGUGGCUUUUUAAUAGGAGGAGGAAUUGCACUGUACUUGGGCCUGUAUGCUGUGGGGAAUUUCCUACCGAGUGAAGAGAGUAUGUUCCAGCACAGAGAAGCCCUCAGAUCGCUGACGGACCUCAAUCAAGACCCCAACCGAGUAUUAUCUGCGAAGAACGGCAGCAGCAGCGACGGGAUCGCGCACACGGAAGGCAUCCUCAACCGCCACCCCCGCGACGCCAGCUCGCUCAAAAGGGCCAACGCCGACGUGGAGAUCAUCACCCCGCGGAGCCCCAUGGGGAAGGAGAACAUGGUGACCUUCAGCAACACCCUGCCCAGAGCCAACACCCCGUCCGUGGAGGACCCGGUGAGAAGGAACGCGAGCAUUCACGCGUCCAUGGAUUCCGCUCGCUCCAAGCAGCUCCUCACCCAGUGGAAGAAUAAGAACGAAAGCCGUAAGCUGUCCCUGCAGGUUAUAGAGACUGAGCCCGGACAGUCACCGCCCAGAUCCAUAGAAAUGAGGUCCAGCUCGGAGCCGAGGGUGGGAGUGAACGGAGACCACCACGGGCCCGGGAACCAGUACCUCAAGAUCCAGCCCAGCUCGGUCCCUGGGUGCAACAACAGCAUGCCCGGGGGGCCACGGGUGUCCAUUCAGUCCCGCCCUGGGUCCUCGCAGCUGGUGCACAUCCCCGAGGAGACCCAGGAAAACAUCAGCACCUCCCCCAAAAGCAGCUCUGCCCGGGCCAAGUGGUUGAAAGCGGCCGAGAAGACCGUGGCCUGUAACCGAAGCAACAGCCAGCCCCGGAUCAUGCAAGUCAUAGCCAUGUCCAAGCAGCAGGGCGUCCUGCAGAGCAGCCCCAAGAACACGGAAGGCAGCACGGUCUCCUGCACCGGCUCCAUCCGCUACAAAACGCUGACGGACCACGAGCCCAGCGGCAUCGUGAGGGUCGAGGCCCACCCCGAGAACAACAGGCCGGUCAUCCAGAUCCCGUCCACCGAAGGCGAGGGCAGCGGCUCCUGGAAGUGGAAAGCCCCGGAAAAGAGCAGCCUGCGCCAGACGUACGAGCUCAACGAUCUCAACAGGGACUCGGAGAGCUGUGAGUCCCUGAAAGACAGCUUUGGUUCUGGAGAUCGCAAGAGAAGCAACAUCGAUAGUAACGAGCACCACCACCACGGAAUCACCACCAUCCGCGUCACCCCGGUGGAGGGCAGCGAAAUCGGCUCCGAGACGCUGUCGGUCUCCUCUUCCCGCGACUCCACCCUGCGGAGAAAGGGCAACAUCAUUUUAAUCCCUGAAAGAAGCAACAGCCCCGAAAACACUAGAAAUAUCUUCUACAAAGGAACCUCCCCCACACGGGCGUAUAAGGAUUGAGUGGCGACCGUCCCAUCGAUCGGGCUCCUCCCAAAAGACAGCGUGUCGAUUCUACCCGAGCUUGUUCCAGCGGCUGGGAAGUCUCACCCAACGGGACGGUCCAGCACAGCGCGGGACUCUUAACUCUGAGGAGCUACUACCCUUAAACUUGUAGAUUUCACAUCCAGGGGAGGGAAAAGCACAAUGCAAGAACCUAACUCACCGGGUAAUGCGAAGAGUUUGCUUCAGACGUGUGGUCCAGCUCGAAAGGGUUUGCGGAAGACAGCAACAAAAGAAAGCGGUUUCCUUCCAAUGUGUACUGUUUCACUUCCUGAAUGUGCCAACCAUGGGGACUUUUCUUUAUAAUUAGCUGUGAGAACCCCGGACCCACACAGGUUUUCCCUACAGCAGAGGCCAUGCAGAAUUAUAUAUUCAUUUUGCAGAAUCUGCACCUAAAGCUCAAUACGGGUGGUGCUGAUCACUAGCGUACGUAUACCAUGUAAACUCUCUACUUAGCUGUGAAAAUAGUGACGUGCAAUUCCUUGUCAAAGAAAUACUAAUUUAUUAAGAAGAUGCUGGCUGCUUUGUGUUAGAACAGGACACCCCCCCAGCUUCUCCAUAGUGGCUGUCAACAGUCAAAAUAUAAAAAAGGUUUCUGUGCAUUUCUUCAAAAUUCUGCUUUCUUUCAACAGGAAAAAAAAAUUGUGUAGGAGUAUUUUCAGAGAAAGGGAAUAAGGAGUACUUCUCUGCAUAGUUUUUUCUGCUGCUUCCUUCUCAUUUAAAUACAGGUACUGCUAAUGAAUUUUUAGUGCACACAUUUGCAUAAUUUUAAAAAUAUAUUGUUUUAGAGAAACUUUUGAAAUUGUUGUGAUCAUCUUUUGCUUUUUUUGUGGCUUCCUCUUUCUUUCCUGGUUUUAAAUUUCUUUCGAUGUUAUAGGUAUGUUCUUCUGUUUUAAAAGAGAAAAUUCCGAUUGGCAUUCCUUGAGGAAAACAUACAGCUGUGAAUUUACGAACGAGAAAUCUGAGCCAAAACUUGACAUUGUGAGUUACAUCACCAGAAAUGCUGGUCAAGUGUACCCUGAGGUAUCUCCAACCCGUUGGCUUAGGUUGCGACCUUAACAAGUAAUCUAAAAGUUGUAUUUGAUUCCAGAUCAUUAAUUUUGUUGAUCACCCGAUGACCCUUAAAUUAGAGCCACAGUAAUUGGAUUUGACCCUCUCCCCCAAAAUAUUUUUGUUAAUUGGAUACCAACAGGAAAAAUCUGGAAAAAAUACAAACUCAUAGGUAAAAGUAUCUCAUGCUAUAAAUUAGAAUGUAUUCCUUCAAAAUAACUGAAUAGGGGUGCUUCACGUGCAAACGACACUUUUUGCUACCUAUCUUGAAUCAAGCCUUGAGCCUAAACGCGAGGAAGCCAGUAUCAUUGGUAAAAAUAUUAAAAACAAAACAUUUUGAAGUCUUUUCCAACUUAAAAAUUUCCAGUAUGAGAAACAUACACUUCUCAGCAUUUAGUAUUCCAUCUUUUCUACGCCAUUUCUAAUGUACACUUGAUGAUUGCCAAGGGAAUUAAAGCAAACAACAGAACUGGUUGAUCUGAUUUGAGUUCACUUUGCAAUGAAAAUAAAAGUAACAGGAGUUGUUUAGAGACAAAAGAGGUACCACAUCAUUAUCAAUGUCUACACGGAAAGGGCAAAGGUUUCUAGAGAAACCAACUUCCUAAGGUUUUAGGAAUUCAGCUGAAACCAGCAGAAUUGAAAACUCUGGCAAUAAAAUACAGACUCAACCAGAUCCCUCCUGGCAAUUUCUUUCUCAGAGAGGGGAGUGGGAGUCAAAUGUUGCCUUCCCCACUUCUCACCACCACCACCACCAUCACGACGCUCUUCGUGGCUGGCGCCAGUUCACAGAGGGAAAGGUGGGCUGGUCUUAGUACUCUGAAGAACAAAAAAAAAAGCUGCAGCAUUUCAGGUGCAGUCUGGUAUUUCCUAAUCUUUCCUAUUUCUUAAGACGAGAUUUUAAAGUACUUCUCAAGUCAUUGAAGUUUUUUCUUUUGUUUACAUAAAUAUUGAUAUAUUCUUUUUCUACUCAAAGUGCCAAAGGCUACGGUUUUUAAUAACUUAACAAAUUGUACCACAUUGUUAAGGAAAUAUAAUGAUAAGACACUAGAACUCAGACCUCUGCAUGUAUAUUUGAUAACACGUCUUUUGUAAAAAAAAAAAUUACAACAAAAAAUUUGUUUACAUUCCACUGGUACCUUAAUUUAAAAUAAAUCAGACUAACAGGUGGUAUCUCUUCUUAGUAUUCUAUUUAUCUUAUUCGCUAAUGGGAGCACUUCUUUCUUUGUUAGGCCAUGCUUUAUUGAUAAAAUCAAGUAUUGAAUAAAGAGAGUUAAUUAUCUUUUUAAAGUAAAUAAAAUUAUGAAAAUAUAUAUAUAUGAUAUAUAUAUAAAGUAUUGUGUUUAAUAAAAUGUUAUGCAAUGUUUUCCAAACUGAGAAAGUUUGUAAAGUGCUAUAAAUGUAUUUUGUUAAGUACAGAUCAAAGCUAUUGUGUGAGUAUAUUGUGCUAACAUCAUAGAAAUAAAGAUUAGAUUUCUUCAUCAAAA